CCAUUUUUUCUUUGUCUAUGCCACAAAGCUAAACCCAAUAGCUCUGAUUACAACAUGUGUUCAUUUAGCCAAAAAAAAAAUAUUUUAGUUGUGUUCCUUGUUCUCACUGUGUGGACAUCCCAAGUAAUGUCUCGCAGGUUGUCUGAGGCCUACUCAUCAGUGAAACAUGAGAAGUGGAUGGCACAGUAUGGUAAGGUUUACAAGGAUGCUGCCGAGAAGGAAAAACGUUUCCAAAUAUUUAAAAACAAUGUGCACUUCAUUGAGUCUUUCCAUGCUGCUGGGGACAAACCUUUCAACCUUAGCAUUAACCAAUUUGCUGACCUUCAUAAUGAAGAAUUUAAGGCUUUACUAAUUAAUGGUCAGAAGAAGGAACAUAACGUGCGGACAGCAACAGCAACAGAAGCAUCGUUCAAGUAUGACAGUGUGACUAGGAUUCCUUCUAGCUUGGACUGGAGGAAAAGAGGUGCUGUUACUCCAAUCAAGGACCAAGGAACAUGUCGAAGUUGUUGGGCAUUUUCAACUGUGGCUACAAUUGAGGGUCUCCAUCAAAUAACUAAAGGUGAAUUAGUGUCUCUAUCAGAGCAAGAACUAGUUGAUUGUGUUAAAGGUGACAGCGAAGGAUGCUAUGGUGGAUAUGUGGAAGAUGCCUUUGAAUUCAUUGCCAAGAAAGGUGGAGUAGCAAGUGAAACACACUACCCCUACAAAGGAGUUAACAAGACUUGCAAGGUUAAGAAGGAAACUCAUGGUGUAGUCCAGAUUAAAGGGUAUGAGCAAGUUCCUUCAAAUAGUGAAAAGGCUCUCCUAAAAGCUGUGGCACAUCAACCAGUGUCAGCUUAUGUUGAAGCUGGAGGAUAUGCUUUCCAAUUUUACUCAAGUGGGAUUUUUACAGGAAAGUGUGGAACUGAUAUAGAUCAUUCUGUUACCGUAGUUGGUUAUGGAAAAGCUCGUGGUGGCAAUAAAUAUUGGCUGGUAAAGAAUUCAUGGGGCACUGAAUGGGGUGAGAAAGGGUAUAUAAGGAUGAAGAGAGAUAUACGUGCCAAGGAAGGUUUAUGUGGAAUUGCUACGGGUGCCUUAUAUCCAACUGCUUGAUUGCUGCUAUUAAUUCAUAUAUAAAUCUUAAAGAGUUUAAUUUGGUGUAUGCACGUUGUAUCUCUAAUCAUCAUUUUCCUUAUAUUUUCGGGCUAGUAUAUAUGCAACCUAUUAGUGUUCCAACAAGAGACUCGACCCUUCCAGACCACUGGUUCUCGGUCAGAUUAGUCCGGCUUUUAAAAUUAUGUCUUCCAUUGCAAGCUAACCUUAUAACUCAAAAUAUAUUCCAUGCUUUCUUUUUUUGUUGUUGUUUAGUAUAUUUAUAUAAUAGUGUUUUUUUACUGAAA